GUGGCUUUAUAUGCUGGCUCGACCUUGAGUAAAUAAAGAAUUCAACAGCAUUUUCGUAGUACAGCAUCACAGAAAGCACCGGGCUGAUAGUGGUGCAACAAUUGAAGGCAACUGCCUUCUCGAAGCCGGAAAGUUUGCUCAUUUGAACGCCGUGUGCUUCGAGUCUAAGGCUUUGAAAUUUAUGCCGUUGUGAUGACGCAAUGGAUUGCAGCCUCAAGUGGGCACUCUUCAAUACAAAGACGAGCAAACGCGCACCAACCUGUGAGGCUGCAAAUAGCGCGACAACAAAACCAAAAUCUAGUGCUACAACAACAGCAACGGCCCUUACGGCUACGGCUGGAGCAAGAUCACAAAUCAACACAAUUAAAAUACGAGAAAGGCCAAAAAUUGCCAAAACUACGCAAAUAUCUCUACGGCUUUGGCACAUAUUGCAUAACCGGAAAAUAAGCUCAUUUAUCGCCACAAAAACGACGACCACCACCACCACCACCACCAGCACAACCAAAGCUAGCAGAGGUGGAGUCACGAGCGCCUUGUUCUCGCAAAGACUUUGUGCCCACGGAUGCGUCAACAAAUCCAAUACACGCCUGCUGCGAAGGAGUAAGCAAAUUUAACGGCAUCCACCAGCUUCCAUAAGCGACUACACUUAGUCUGAGAGAGCGGAACACUAAAUACAUAUAAAGGCUCUAGAGGAAAAACAAUAACAAACGGACAAAAAACGGGUACAACGACAAAUGCUGUUUUAGAGGAAAUAUUUUAAGCGAAAAAAGGAGCAACCAAUCUAAAAAAAAAAAAUGAAACAUUCGAAUAUUUUUAUACACAAAGACAUGAUGGAGUUUGGCUAAAAAGAUUUUGGUGCACCUAAAAUCGAAAUCAAGAAUAAAGAAGCUAUUACAAAAAAAUACAGAGGUAGAACAGAAAAACCAAACUUUACAUUACCACUACUAAGCUAUACUCUCGUCUACGUGCGAAUUCAAUUAAAUCUUUGUCACGAAUUGAUUCGCCGCCUUUGCCACGUCUCGUCUUGACUUAAUUAAAUCCAACUAAAUCAAUUUGACUCUAUUUGAGCUGCGGCAGAUUUCACGCCAAUUGGAAAUUGAACAGCAACCAGCACCACCGACUUGAAUACCAAGAAAGCUACAUACAUUGUCUCUCCAUAGCGACAUAAUCGUUGCAAGGAAUCUCAAAUUCAGCGAGCCCGCAAUUCGCGCUGACCCUGGUGAAUCAAGCCAACAAAAUAAAUUCCCCAACGAAGCAGACGUUUUCGCGCAAAUUGUGCCAAUCAAGGCGCAAUUGUUCAUUUGUGCAGUGGCCAUGGAGCCUCCUGGCGGCUUGCCGCCGGACAGAGACAGACAACUAGUGCUGCGCCCUCAGCAGCAGCAGCAGCAGCAGCAGCAGCAACUGGUGCCUUUGGUGUCGCAAGUGAAGCCAACUCUAGCACUGAAUCUUCAGCAGCAGCAGCAGCAGCAGCAAACGCACUCGACGGCCACCACAUCGCCGGCUGCGGUUGGUGCAGCUGCCACAGUGACUGCGACCGUUAGUGCGGCAUCGCUCAACACGACCAACGCACUUGUGCGCGCUCUCAGCGGCGAUGCUGUGUGUGUAACCGCAGCGGGCGGUAGUGGCGUGGUGCCAGCGAGCACCAGUCCUGCGCUGGCAACUGCAGCCAUAGCGAUAUCGGGCACCACUCAGGCGGCCACUGUGUUCAGCGGCAGCGCCGUGGGUGUACAGCACUAUCAUCAGCCACAUCAUACACCCCACCAUCCACAUCCACCGCACACGCACCACUUGCCAGCGCAUCCGCUUCAACCGUAUGGCGUUCAGAACUCGUCGUCGACCUCGUCGCUGCUUGGCGGCAUCUCGAGCGGCAGCUCCAGCACUUCGAGCGGUGGACAGACCAUUGAGAAGCUGUCACGUCCGAUGGCAUUUGAUAAGGUGAGUCCGAUAAAGAAAACGUAA